UGCCUGUCGGGAUGGGGGCGGGGCUGUGGAUCACGUGACUUUCUCUACCUCUCCAAGCGGGGGGCACCGCGGACGGGAGGGAGGGGCCAGGCGGGAGGGUGACAGUGACGUGGCGUGACACGGGUGGUGGAGCGCAUCCUCCGUGCCCUCGCCAUGAAGCACUGGCGGGGGAAGGGGGGAGCGAAGAGCUGGUCCACGCCAAGGUUACCCCCUUGGAACGUGCUGCCGGUGACCUAAGAGCGAGGCGAGGCCGAGAGCUCCGCCCUUAAAGGGACCGCGCAGGGAGAUUGAGCCCCGUUGGGGUGUCUUGCCAAGGAUCUUUCUCCGGGGAGUUUUAGGGACUUUAAAAGCUGAGGUAGUCCACUUCUCUGGCCCAAUCCCAAGUACUUGAAUAGAUGUAUAUAUGUAUAUAUAAAAAUAUAUAUAUGAUACUUAGUAUAUCUAUAAUAUUUAACAUUUAUAAUAUUGUAUAAGUUUCAAUAUGCUAUUAAUACAUUGAUUACCAACUGUAUAUUAACUUUAUGCAAAUUUUAAUAUUUGCAAAUUUAUUGAUAAAUAUUUUACUAUUAUAAAAAUUAUAUAGACAUAUCAACUAUAUAGAUAUAAAUAAGACAGCUUAAGUUUUUCACAUUCUAGAUGAAUAGCAUUUAGGAACAACAUCAAAAAUCAUGAGAGUUGGCAAAACCUGGCAUGUGGUGCCACCCCUGGCUCCAGGGAUUUGACAGCAAAGGAGAGACAGCACCCAUGCCCCCCUCCACCCCCCAUGUUUUUUGUUCAGCUCCUUGGGGAGUCGUGCAAGCUGGGUGAGACCGAAUUGGCCUGCUAGCCAGGGGGCUUAAACACUCUGGAUGGAGAGCCCUAAGCUAGUGGUCCCUGUGGGCGCAAGCUAGUCAGCCCCUCCUGGCUGGAACCCAGAGCUCUGUCAGUCAGGCAGCCUGUCUCUGAAGAUCAGGCAUAAGUGCCCAGCACGUGCCUCAUGGGAAUGAAAAUAUAUUUGUGCCAGCUUUGCAAAGCUUUUGGGUCUAUGUGUAUAGUCCAGGGCUGCGUACACGCACUCGAAAAACCUGGGAGAAUGCUCCUAGGGCUGCUCUCAGGGUAGAGAAGCUUCACCAGAGCUGUGGGUACGAACAUUUGAAAGCUGAGGCCCUGAUGAGCGGAGAGCUUGUGGUGCUGACAUUGCGGGGGGUGGGGGGAGCGCUGAGUUUUGCACAUAUCUCAAUUUUCUCUGCAGAUUCUGUUAGUCUGCCUGGUGACAGAUGGCAGCAAUGCAUAGGAAAGCCCUGAUUGGCUGACCCAGACUGCCCAUGGUCAGCCUGUGCUUCCCUAAAGUGUAAUGGGAUUAUGAAGGGGGAACGUUUUGGAGCAGCAGGGUCUGAGUGAUUUCACUGUCUCCCUAGGCAAGCAGGGGACUAAGUUCUCUUCUAGGGCAGGGGUUUUCAACUGCAUACCCCUGGGGUUACUUUGGAAGGCCCCAAGGGGUAUGCAGCAGUGGCACAGAGAAGCUGAUGGCACUUCUGGUUUCGCUGGUGGCACUUCAAGGUUUGGUUCUGCGCACUGUGCCAGGGGAUGACACCGCACACACACCCCCCCUCCCGCUCAGCAAUUGGCCGCUGGGGCCCCCCCGCCCUGGCCCCCCUCCCUCCCUUCCCCCCCAUGCCUCUCGACUGGCGCCCUGACCAAAAAGGUUCUAGAAGCCUUGUCACGUACAAACAUUCACUAUCCUAAGAGAAACUCUCCUGUGAGUGAUUUAAGUCUGGUUGUUACCAGAUUAUUUUUCUCCAGUAGUGGCUAUUUUUACCCUGGGAGAAGAAGCCUGAACACUUGAGGUUUCUUCUGGGAAGGCAGCGACUCUCCCAGGAGAAACUGAAUGUCUGUAUGAGGUCUAGGAGAAAACAGCAAUUUUUUUUUUAAUCCCAUAUUUUCUCCCUCUCGUCUCGUCUCCUCUCUCUCUCUCUCUCUCCCCAUCACCUCCUCUGAAACCAGCCCGGCUCACAGUGCUCAUGCGCCAUGCCCCGUAGCUGCAGCAGCUGCCAGCUUCCCCUUGAUACAAGUCUCUUUUACUGCUUUGCUUGCACUUCCUCUUUAGCUUUACCUUUUCCUUAUGAGUCCAAAAAAGCAGCAGGUAUUUGUGCUCCGUGGAGUUUAAUUGUAUUGCCUUCAAUAGAUGUGAUUGCCUUUGUGUUUGCAACAUUUCAUAUGCUCCCUUCUACUUGUUGUAAGUAAUAAUUAGAAUGAAUUGAAUGCUGGGGUAAAGGUACACAGUUCCAAGGAGUUGGCAGAUACUUAUGACCACUGUAUAUAGCAGCUGGAAGGUGUUGUAAAGUUGUUGGCUGUUACAUAAACUUGCUGUAACCAAGUAGAUAUUUUUACAUGGCAUAUAUCUCAAGAAAUCACUGUUCUGCAGCAAUAUGCACAUGCUGGGAGCAGUAAUUGCGGGAUGCAAGGAAUCAGUUAUUUAAGGAACACAUAACAUACUGUAUAAAUUAUGGGUAGUACUAGACUUCAGCUAAUAAUCAUUUUACCUAUAUAUAUUGCAGUAUCAACCCUCACCAAGUGCAUGAUGAAGUGCUGGAAGCAUUUGACUCAUUGUCUGUGUGAUGUCCGACGGAUUCUGGCUUUGGGCAGACUAUUAGAAACUGCUAGUCUCGUCCAACUGUAGUAGUCUCUGAUAAAAGGUGGUACUGCUUCAAUAGCCCCCUUCAGUACAGUUCCACUCUGAUGUAGAAGUGGCAUGCUAACCGCAUUGUACAGUUAAAGAAUUAGCAGGUCAAUAUGGACUUGUUUGGCGUGAGCAUGGUUGUUCCUUUAUUAAGCCUUCAUAUUAAGUCUUUAGGGGCAAGUCCAACUAUUGCUGGCAUAAUAGGAUCUCUUUAUGGUUUCCUGCAGCUUGUUUCCAGCACAUUUGUGGGCUGCUGGAGUGAUGUUGUAGGAAGAAAACAGUCCCUGCUUGCCUGCAUUCUCUUCAGUGCACUGGGUUAUUUGCUGCUGGGCAUGUCCACUAAUGUGUUUUUAUUUGCUAUUGCUAGAGUUCCUGUAGGUAUUUUCAAACACACACUCUCCAUUUCUAAAGCUCUUCUUUCCGACUUGGUGUCUGAGAGAGAGCGCCCACUGAUUAUAGGGCAUUUCAAUGCAGCCUCCAGUAUUGGCUUCAUUCUGGGUCCUGUGGUUGGUGGCUACCUUACAGAGCGAGAGGGUGGCUUCUACCUGACAUCCUUCAUCUGCUCUUCCAUCUUCAUUCUGAAUGCUGGUCUUGUCUGGAUGUUACCAUGGGAUGAAGAAAACACAGUGAGCAGCAAACAUGAGCAAACCACCUGCAACAGAAAGAUGACUGAGAAUAUCUUGGGAAAGGUGAACCAGGACUCACAGAUUAAAGCAGUAGCUAAUGGAACAAAGAAAUGUGAUGUUCCUCUCUGGUCUCCCUGGAUUCAAGUUGUGUCAGUGCUGAAAAGGAUUAAAAGCAUCGCAUGUUCUGAUAUGUGGGAUAUAUUUUUAGUACGGCUACUAAUGUCUGUUGCCGUAAUGCUGUACUACAGCAAUUUUGUUUUGGCAAUUGAAGAGAGAUUUGGAGUGAAACCUAAGCUGACUGGGUACCUGAUAAGUUAUGGCAGUACCCUUGGAGCACUUGCUGGCUUCCUAGUUGGAACAAUAACGAGGCUAUAUCAGCAUAACACUUACACAAUUUUAUUACAUUCCAGUGUUCUCACAUGCACAUUGAUACUGCUGUAUUCUUUAGCACUCAGUAUAUGGACAGUGAUUUUGUCUUCUACGUUUUUAGCCUUUUCAACUACUGUAGGACGCACUUGUAUCACUGACCUGGAACUGACCCUGGGUGGAAAUCAUGCCAGUGGUACACUCAUAGGAAUUGGUCAGUCUGUGACAUCUGUGGGGCGUAUAAUUGUUCCUCUUCUCUCCGGAAUUGCACAAGAGUUCAGUCCCUGUGGCCCUCCAACUGUUGGCGUGGGGCUGGGACUGAUGGCUGUUCUAAUCAUGGUAAUGAACAAAUCACAAUACAGUAGUGCUAGAAACAUUAAACUUAACAGUGAGUAACAUCUUAUUUUGGACAGGGUUAUUAUCUUAAAUGAAACAAAGCAAUUCAAAGAAUUGGGGAUAAGUUGUGGGAAAGAACAAUAAGCACAAAAGAAGUUUAUUGUAAGCACAAUAAGUUUACAGGAUGUUAUAAGAAGAAACAACAACUUCAAGGGCAGUGAGGCCUGAUGCGGCCUUCAGAUUCACAUGGACUCUUCUAAUGGAGUAUCACAAGUCAAGACAAAUGCUCAUAGGUGUAAUUUAGAGACACCAACAAGAGGCGCAGGAGUGGAACAGAAAAUUUAAAAAAUAAGAGUUCUCGAGUGUCAAUGGCAUGUUGAAAAAUCAAUACUUUCAUCAGUGCUUCGCCUAGAAUCGUACCCACCCUGAACUUUCUUGAUAUCCCAUACUUGUUUCUUUUUGCCCCAGUGUUUCUGGGUAAUAGAACCAUGUAUGUUCUGGCACUUUUAUGUAUUAGCAGGCCUAAAAGAAGCAUGUAUUUUAAGAGAUGAUAUCACCAUCCAGAGCAGAGGUGAUUCAGUUGAAUGUAAACUAUCUUGAAACUUGCACUAGUGGUUUUUGCACUAAUUUCCACCUCCAUUUGCUUACCUUCUGCCAUAAAUGUUUUUAAAUUUCCCCAAAAUUCCCGGUGCAGUUUCCUUCCAUCUCUGCUCUAUGUGUAACUUUUCCGUCUUGAUUCUUCAGUUGGCUUUUUAAAAUGUUCUGGAGAAAUAUUUUUAACUGUUUGAUGUUUAAUUAAUUCAUUGUCUUUUACCUCUACCAAUAUAGGUACAAAUGCCAUUUUAGAUAACAAUUGAAAGUAUAUGCAGUUGGUGCUGGUCUAGUCUUCAUUUGUCUCCAAUGGUUUAGGAAGCCAAAGCUAAAAGAUUCUUGCAAGCAAAGGUGCAUCAAGAGAGUUGGGGACAGAAUUCAGAGUACUGCUCUGUAUUGUACCUGGUUCAGACCAGUAAUCACUAGUAGUCAUUUGUUUUCAUGAGCUUUAAAUUUGUUCCACAUUUAAAAAAAAAUACCUUGCACUUUUAAUGUCUUUUACUUGAAAAUCUCAUGCACUUUCCAUGUAAUUAUUUGAUAUAUCAUACAAAACCAGCUGUGUGAAUUUUAUAUAAAAACAUUGUGUGCAUAUGCAUUUUCAAAAAGUAUAAACAAAGCAUCACUUCAGAACUGUCACAGAUGGUGUUUUGUAGGGUUUUUUAAUCAUCUUUUUUUCCCCUCAGUAAUGUGUCUUCUCUUCCAGAAUGCAUACUCCCAUUUGAAGUCAGUGGUAAAAUCCCACUGAUUUCAGUAGGAGCACCAUGGAAAUGCCUGCAGAUCUUAUAAUUAUUUUAAGUGCUUUUGAGUUUAGCAAACAUACAGGGCUGGCAUCUUCUAUGUUUGCAGGAGGUAACCUUGAUUUCUCUCUAAGAGUUCAAGUUCAUAUAGAAAAUAGAGUUGCUUAUAUUUUAAUAUAUUCUCACUUUUGCUCCUCCCUUUAUGGAUUGGAAGAAUUGUUACCUAGGUAAAAUUUUCAGAUGUGCCCAAGUUCCAACCUCAAAAGUAAAAGGGCUCCCAAGUUAAUUUACUUUUAGUAGCCUAAAGUCACUAACCUAUAGCUACCACUUUACCAAGCACCUCAAAAUAUUCUGUCACCCUAUUCACUUUUAUACUGCAUUUCUAUACUAUGAAAUGGAUUUUUGCUGCUAUCUCUUGGAACUUAAAAACCUUUGAUAAAAAUGUUGCCUAGUGAUCUGAUAACCAAUAAAUAGGCAAAGACUUUCUUUUUUAAGUUCCAAUAACAAUAAUAACCCAAGGCAUUAGACCAAAGAAACAAUGAAGAUUGUCUUGCAUUAAUCUGGGUAAGUGUGCAAAUACCACUUUUAUGGGUGACAGAACUGAAAGUGUAAAUACUCUUAUGCAUACAAAAAUGGAUGUGCGUUGUACUCUUUACAACCAGCAGAUAUUUUUGCAUAACUCUGUUUUGUUUUGGAAGAUAUAUUGCAGUUUUCUUGUCUAAAUGUGCACAGAAGACUAAUAUGUGGACUGGAACGUGGUCUCAGGGAUGAUGAUACUUCUGGACAAAGAAGUGUUUGGAGUUGAUAAUCAAAUAAUUUCUGAAGGAUUUUUUUAAAGGAUUUCUUUCUUCACAGUCACAAAAGAAUGAUACUAAAAUUGUUAUUAAAAACAGUAAUAAAAUUAAAUGAUGUUCCGUG